UGGAAGAACGUUUCCGAUCUGCUGAUAAGUCUCUGGCUGGGACAUUAAUGGCUAAACUUACCACCAUGAAAUUUGAUGGUACUUGUGGGAUGCAUGAGCAUAUCCUUGAAAUGACAAAUAUAGCUGCUAAGCUGAAGGCUCUUGGGAUGGAUGUGAAUGAAUCCUUUUUAGUUCAAUUUAUUUUGAACUCCUUGCCUCCUCAAUUUGGAUCAUUUCAAAUUCACUAUAACACUAUUAAGGAUAAGUGGAAUGUGAAUGAAUUGACCAGUAUGCUUGUUCAAGAGGAGACAAGACUUAAGCAACAAGGAUAUCAUUCUGUCAAUCUUGUAAGUCAUAGAGCCAAGAAGAAAUGGAAGAAGCCAAGAAAGGGCAUGAAGAGUGGACCAUCCAAGGGUAAAGAGCCUCAUCAUGAUACCGAGGUUCAUAAGAAGAAACAAAACAAAGAUAGAUGCCAUUUCUGCAAAAAAUUGGGACACUAUCAGAAGGACUGCCAUAAACGCAAGGCAUGGUUUGAAAAGAAAGGGAUUCCUUACAACCCAGAUGCAAGAUCCAAAUGAGAGUUUUAAUCGUUUUGGGGAAUGGAGUUAGAGUUCCUGUAACAGCUGUUGGAACCUAUCGUUUGCUUUUAAAUACUGGUUGUCAUUUAGAUUUGCUUCAGACUCUUUAUGUUCCUUCUAUUUCUAGAAAUUUAAUUUCUGUUUCUAAACUUGAUGUUGAAGGAUAUUUCUUUAAAAUUGGGAAUGGUAGUUUGCGUCUUUUCAAAGACAA